AUGCUGCCAACCAGAGCUUCAUCCCAGAUAGCACGAAAGCUGCCCAAACUGUAUCGUGUAGCUGCCUUUCAUGCAUCUUCAUCGCAUGCAUCCGCUAUUGCUGUUGUAGAACAGGUCGACCGCAUCGCUGCUUUCCGUCAAUAUGUCCUGAAACAUUUGACAUCUCCAGCAGGGUUUGAAAAAACUCCAUUCAAACGAAACUCGUCUUCUGAGGCCCAGCCUUGGAUUCCUGGUCCAAAUUCAUCUUUGAAGAGACCUCCGCUAGCUAAAAAGGUCUUGAUUGUUGGAUCGGGUGGUUUGAGUAUUGGUCAAGCUGGUGAAUUUGAUUACUCUGGUUCACAAGCCAUCAAGGCACUCAAAGAAGAAGGUGUAAAAACCAUCCUCCUAAAUCCAAACAUUGCUACAAUCCAAACCGGUAAAGAUCUAGCAGAUACCGUCUACUUUCUACCUGUAAAUCCAGAAUAUGUAGACUAUAUCCUGGAGCGUGAGAAGCCUGAUGGUAUUCUCUUGACCUUUGGUGGUCAAUCUGCCCUGAACUGCGGUAUACAGCUGCAAGCUCAGGGUAUCUUGAAGAAACAUAAUGUCAAAGUAUUGGGCACCCCUGUACGAACUCUAGAAGUCACUGAAGAUCGUGAUUUGUUUGCCAAGGCUCUUCAAGAAAUCGAUAUCCCUAUAGCCAUGUCUGUAGCAGUAAAUACCGUCCCUGAAGCAUUAGCUGCCGCAUCACAAAUUGGCUACCCAGUCAUUGUCCGAUCAGCUUUCGCACUAGGAGGUCUAGGCUCUGGUUUUGCCAACGACGAAGAAGAACUGAAUCAACUCGCAACAAAGUCCUUGUCUCUAUCUCCACAAAUCCUAGUAGAACGAUCCAUGAAAGGCUGGAAGGAAGUAGAAUACGAAGUCGUCCGUGAUGCCGAAAACAAUUGUAUUACUGUAUGUAAUAUGGAGAACUUUGAUCCACUGGGUAUCCAUACCGGUGACUCGAUUGUCGUUGCACCAAGUCAAACUCUAUCUGACGAAGAAUAUCACAUGCUUCGAACUGCCGCCAUCAAAAUCAUUCGUCAUAUGGGUGUAGUAGGCGAAUGUAAUGUCCAAUAUGCUCUAGAUCCAAAGAGUUUGAACUAUGCUGUUAUCGAAGUCAAUGCUCGAUUAUCUCGUAGUAGUGCUCUAGCUUCAAAAGCUACUGGCUAUCCAUUAGCUUUUGUAGCCGCCAAACUAGCUCUAGGUGCCUCUUUACCCGAUCUGAAGAACGCAGUCACUCGAACCACUACCGCCAACUUUGAACCAUCAUUGGAUUAUAUAGUUACCAAGAUACCUCGUUGGGAUUUAUCUAAAUUCCAGCAUGUAGCUCGUGACAUUGGAUCUUCAAUGAAGUCUGUAGGUGAAGUCAUGGCUAUUGGCCGUACUUUUGAAGAAUCUCUACAAAAGGCUAUUAGACAGGUUGAUCCAUCAUUCGAAGGAUUCCAAGCCUUGGAAUUCCCAGACUUGGAUGAGGCUCUCCGAAACCCUACUGAUCGUCGGCUAUUCGCUGUUGGUAAAGCCAUGAUUGAUGCAAAGUACUCCAUAGACAAGAUCCACGAGUUGACCAAGAUCGACAAGUGGUUUUUGUAUAAGCUAGAGAAUAUCGUAAAGACUCGUACAGAUCUGACUGCCUUCAAAGGCCCAUCUCCUGUACCUGAAACUACCAAUGUCAAUAAAACAGGGCCACCAACACAUACCACUCAGUAUCCGUUAACUACGUCAACGAUUCCAGUACCUCUCUUGCAUCAGGCAAAAAAGCAUGGAUUCUCUGAUACACAGAUUGCUCGUCUAACCGGAUCGACUGAACUUGCCAUCCGAGCUCUACGACAAUCUCACAAGAUAACUCCCUUUGUUAAACGUAUUGAUACCCUUGCCGCUGAAUUCCCUGCCUCAACUAACUACCUCUAUACCACCUAUAACGCAUCAUCUGAUGACGUAGACUUCAAAGACCACGGUAUAAUGGUAUUAGGAUCUGGAGUAUACCGUAUCGGCUCAUCCGUAGAGUUCGAUUGGUGUGGUGUCUCAGCCAUCCGAUCUCUCCGAUCCCUCAAAUAUAAAACAGUCAUGGUAAACUAUAAUCCAGAAACUGUAUCCACCGACUUUGAUGAAUGUGACCGUCUCUACUUUGAGGAAUUGUCUCUGGAACGUACCCUCGACAUUUACGAAAAGGAAGGAGCUUCUGGUAUUAUAGUAUCUGUCGGUGGUCAAUUGCCUCAGAAUAUUGCACUCAAGUUAUGGAAUAAGGGUAUCAACUGUUUGGGAACUAGUCCAGUGAAUGUGGAUCGAGCUGAAGAUCGUGAAAAGUUUUCACGUAUUCUUGAUAAUAUUGGUGUUGAUCAACCUGCGUGGAAGGAAUUGCGUAGUGUUGAUGAAGCGCUCAAGUUUGCUGAUGACGUUGGAUACCCAGUCCUGGUCCGACCAUCAUACGUCUUAUCUGGAGCAGCCAUGAACGUAGUCCACAAAAAGGCCGAUCUAACUCGCUUCCUAACGAUGGCAUCAGACGUCUCACCCGACCACCCAGUCGUAAUAACCAAAUUCAUCAAUAACGCAUACGAAUUAGACGUAGACGCAGUCGCAGCCGAUGGUAAACUCUUGACAUAUGCCGUAUCCCAACAUUUAGAAAACGCUGGUGUCCAUUCUGGUGAUGCUACUCUUGUACUCCCACCAUGUACGCCAGGACAACAGGAAGGUGUACCUGGUAUUACAAAACAGAUGAUUUUGGAUUGUAAGGGUAUUGCUGAUAAGGUUGCUGCUGCUUUUGAGAUUACGGGUCCAUUUAAUAUGCAGGUGAUUUUGGUUUUGGACGGUGGUAAACAUAGUCUCAAAGUCAUUGAGUGUAAUUUGAGAGCUUCGAGAUCAUUCCCCUUUGUUUCCAAGGUCUUUGAUGUCAACUUUAUCGACUUGGCCACACGAGCCAUGGUAAAACACCCAUCUCUAGCCACAGCAAAACCACAAUCAGAUCUCAUGUUUGUGCCCCGUAAAUACCAAGCAGUCAAAGUAUCUGUCUUCUCAUGGACUCGUUUAGCAGGUGCUGACCCCAUGCUUGGUGUCGAAAUGGCAUCAACUGGUGAAGUCGCAUGCUUUGGUCGUGAUGUCCGUGAAGCAUUAUACACGUCAUUGAUAUCCAACCAUAACAAUCUGAAAAACUUGCCCAUGCCAGCUGGCAGUGGCGUCUUGAUUGGUGUUGACGAACUGACUGAUAUGAAGGAAGCCAAGUAUAUCGCCAAACGCCUACAGGAAUUAGGAUAUAAGUUAUACACCGAUACAGCAUCAACCGCCUCAUCAUUCGCAUCAUCUGGUAUAAAAUCAUCGACUCUCGUCAGCGGAACCCCUGAAGCAUUCAUCAAACAAUUACAGGAUCGUCGAGAGUCCAAGAAGCUCUUUGACGAGAAGAAGAUAUCUCUUGUGAUAUCUCUAGCUAAAAUCCGUCCUGAUACACAAGAGGAUUUGCAGUAUUUGAUCCGACGAACGGGUGUUGAUUUUGGCAUUGGUAUGCUGAAUGAGAUUAAGGGUAGUAUUGUUUUCGUUGAUGCGUUGGCGGAUUAUGCCAAUGGGAGGUUGAGUAAGAAGGAGGGAACGAGGAGUUGGAGUGAGUGGACGGCUGGUGCCGUAUGA